AUGGCACCCCGGAAGAAAACCAACGGAGCUCCCAAGAAAGCUUCGAAUUCUUCCAGUGCGACUCAGACCAAUCACAAUCAGCGGCAAUCCCAGCCAUCCAAAUUCGGAAUCCAGCAUUUCUUUGACCGCCACUCGCAAAACCAAUCUCAGAAGCCGAAGAAGCCUGUGUCCAAUCCCGAUUCCAAUUCUCCAGUCUCCGCCGCCGCCGCCGCCACUCUAAACCCACAAAUUGCCGCUAAAGUUAGGGAGGUCAACGACGGGUCAACUUGUUCGAAUUCGUCAGGGGCUGUGCCUCAGAGGUUCGGGAGAGGAUCUGGUUCGCGAGGUACCGGGAAGGAAAAUCAAGGUUUGAGCUGUCAAAAACCUAGGAUUGAUGUUGUUGACGAGCGGCAUAAGGAAGGAAAUGAGUUCAGUAAUGCAUCGGAGAUUACACCGACGGAGAAUCGUCUUUCAGUUGUGAUUGAUGCGGAUGAGGAUCCCCACGAAGAGGUUCAGGAGGUGUCACCGGAGUUAUCUAAGGGCAAGCCCCCGAAAAGAUUUAAGUUUUCUCCUGGAAUGCUUAUAAAGCAAAGCCAAGAUGAUGGAGGAGAUGAAGUUACGUGGAAAAUUUCUCCCAUAAAUGAACGGCUGCAUUCCAUUUCAAAGAAAUUCCCGGAGGUGGUCAAGGUUUUGAACGAUUCUACGAGGUUUAACUGUUUGGGUUUUCAGCAAUGCUCCACAGAAAAGACGUCUCCUGGUGCAGAAGGAAAACUUGAAAAGUGGCUCUCAUCACCUCCUCUCAAAUGUGCUAAAAAUCAUUUGUCAUGUCCAGAUGGGUUUAGUUUGAGGAAGCACAACCCAGGCUUCAUUGCCCCUGAUCUUGAGAAGACUGAAAAUAGUAAUGGGAGGAACUCUUCUGGAGAGAUAUGUAGUCAGAGUCCUUUUCAGACCCCCCCAUCCAUGUCUUAUAACCAUGAGAAGCCUCCUGAUGGAGUGGUGGUUCAAGGAACAUCUGAUCAGCUUGUUUCAAGGCCGCAUAAAAAGGCAUUAAUCGAACUGCUGGAUCAAGUAGAAGAUGUAAUUUCUGUUGAAGAAUCAGCCUGUGAAGAAUCGGUGCCUUUUGGUUCUUCUGGCAAAUGUAACAAGCCUAACACUGUCUUGAUGCAAUCUAAUAUGAAUACUAUGGCAUCAGUUGAAAGUAAAGGUUCCAAUCACUAUUUUCUCGUCCUAGAGGUUUACGAGAAGCACGUAGAUGUCAUUCAUCCAGGUUCACUGCACUCAUUUAAGAUGAUGCGCUUACUGAACGAGCAAAGUGAAGAAGAGCGGGUAGUACAGCUGUGGGAUGAAUGGUUUUACAGUGUUGUUGCACCUGGAGACACCGUUCACGUCAUUGGUGAAUUUGAUAGCGAGGGGAAGUGUGACAUAAGUCGUGAGAAAAACUUUCUGAUUGUUCACCCUGAUAUCUUGGUGUCUGGAACUAGGGUUGCUUCUAGUUUCAGUUGUUCAAGGCGUACUUUAUUAGAUGAAAGACUAAAAUGCAACGAGUAUUCAACUGCAGCAUUGAUUGGUACCUUGCUGCACCAGAUAUUUCAGGCUGGACUGAUCAGUGACUCCCUCUCAAUAGGAUUCCUGGAGGAAUACUCAAGGACUGUGGUACAUAAAAAUCUUGAGACCUUGUAUGCAUGUGAAGUGAGUGAAGAUGAAACGUAUAAGAUUUUGGUUGAAGCAAUCCCAAAAUUGUUGAAGUGGAUAUCCUUAUUUCAAGAUUCACAGGGCUCUGGUUCUCAGACUGUGGAUUUUGGCUGCCACAAUGGAGCAAAAAAAGUCAGCGUAUCGGAGGUACUUGACAUUGAGGAAAUGGCAUGGGCUCCUAGAUAUGGUUUGAAGGGGAUGAUUGAUGCGUCUAUGUGGAUAAAAGUUGACAAUGCUGAGAAUGCCAUGAAGGUUAUGCCUAUGGAGUUUAAAACUGGUAAAGGGACGAGUGGUCAGGCAGCUACAGAGCAUAGAGCCCAAGUCAUGUUAUAUACUCUCCUGAUGUCAGAGAGAUACCUGAAAGAUGUUGAUCAAGGUUUGCUGUACUAUCUUCACACGGAUCAGACUCUGGGGGUCACUGUGCAAAGACAUGAUUUAGUGGGACUCAUCAUACGUCGAAAUGAAUUUGCAAGUGAUCUUCUCAGGGCAUUAACUACUCAACAACUACCACCAAUGCAACAGAGCAUGAAUGUAUGCAAAGGUUGUCGCCACCUUGAUGUCUGUAACAUCUAUCAUAAGGCAUAUGGAGGAUCCAGAGAGAGCAGUGGAUUAGGUGAUCUCUUUGAUUCACUUGUACAUCAUUUAACCGACGAAGACAUCCUUUUUCUUCGGAAAUGGCAUCGAUUGAUUGAUUUGGAGGCUAAAGAAAUGGAGGCUGCAAAGAAAGAGAUGUGGAUUUCGCAUCUUCUAAGGAAUGGCGAUUAUUCUGGAUGUCUAUACUCCCUUAUUCUUGACAACACAGAUGACAUUUCUCAAAAGAAUCUCUCCAAGGGCAGCCGAUUUAUUUAUCGUUUUGUGCAUCAAAAUUUUCCAUCAAUUGGCAGUGAACAACAAAACUCUCCUUCUGGAAUAAAUUUUGGCUCCACAAUUCGGAGUGGAGAUUAUGUGGUGCUGAGCACUGAACCUGGUUAUUUGCCUGUGGCUAAUGGUACAGUAACAGAUGUCGGUAGCUUUCAUGUUACUGUGUCUCUCUCAAAGCGUUUGAGAAUUCCUCGUGCCAGUCCUUUAGUGGAGAAAGAUCUUAGUCUGCGAACUUGGCGAAUUGACAAAGAUGAAUCUAUGACUUCAUUUGCUAUUAUGAGGUUCAAUCUUGUUCAAUUGUUCUUGCAAAAUGAAGGGAGUGGUCGUUUGAGGAAGAUGAUUAUCAAUCUUGAGGCACCAAGGUUUGAUGGUGGUUGUCUGCUUAGUCAGGACCCAGCCAUAUCCUAUGUUGCAUCAGAGAAAACUUUAAAUGAUGAUCAACGCAGAGCCAUUAUGAAGAUACUUACAGCAAAAGAUUAUGCACUUAUCCUUGGUAUGCCUGGCACUGGCAAAACAUCCACCAUGGUUCAUGCAGUAAAAGCAUUACUAUUGAGAGGUGCAUCAAUUUUGCUCACAUCCUACACGAACUCAGCUGUUGAUAACUUACUUAUGAAGUUGAAAUCUCAGGGUGUUGAUUUUAUCAGAAUUGGAAGAAGUGAAGCAGUGCAUGAAGAAAUUCGAGGGAAUUGCUUUGCUGAGAUGGACAUACGCAGCACCAAAGAGGUUAAACAAAGGCUAGAGCAAACCAGAGUUUUUGGUGUUACCUGUCUAGGUGUAAAUAGCCCUUUGCUUGCCCACAAGAGAUUUGACUUCUGUAUCAUUGAUGAAGCUGGCCAGACUACCUUACCGGUGUCACUGGGACCAUUGAUGUUUGCUUCAAAAUUUGUUCUUGUGGGGGAUCAUUACCAGUUACCACCACUGGUUCAGAGUGCAGAGGCUAAAGAGAACGGACUAGCCGUGAGCCUGUUUUGUAGGCUCUCAGAAGCAAAUCCUCAGGCAAUUUCAGCUUUGCAAAGCCAGUAUCGCAUGUGUGCUGCCAUAAUGGAAUUGUCGAAUACUUUGAUAUAUGGCAAUAGAUUGCGUUGUGGUUCCCAAGAAAUCGAGAAUGCACAACUCAUUUACACACAUUCAGCAUCAGCCCCAGAAUGGAUAAAUAAGGCCUUGAAUCCAGAGAGACCAGUGAUCUUUAUCAAUACAGAUUUAUUACCAGCAUAUGAGUUUAUAGACAAUAAAAUGGUGAACAAUCCAGUUGAAGCCUUUAUUGUCUCUGAGGUGAUCGAAGCUUUGGUGAGUAGAGGUAUUGAAGGGGAAAAAAUAGGCAUCAUUACACCCUACAACUCACAGGCGAAUCUUAUUCGACAAUCUGUUUCUGCAGCUGUUGAGAUUCAUACAAUUGAUAGAUACCAGGGAAGGGACAAAGAUUGCAUGUUACUCUCUUUUGUACGAUCCAGCGAAAAUCCAGGGAAUUAUAGCUCUUCAUUACUUGGAGAUUGGCACAGGAUCAAUGUUGCUGUUACACGAGCUAAGAAAAAGCUAAUCAUGGUGGGGUCACUCCAUACUGUUUCAAGAGUACCACUGCUAAAGCUUCUCAUUGAAAAGGUGGAACAACAGUCGGGCAUAAUGAGUGUUUCCCAGAAGGACAUACAUCUGAAAUCAGCGUUGAGGAAAUGUUCUCGAACCAGAUGA